GAGAAAGCCACGCUUUUGAACUUUCAUCUGGAGCUAUCUUGAAUAUAUUUGUUAUUCUUUCUAUAUGCUCUAGGCUGACACCAUUCCAGCUCCCUACCAAGGACGUCAAUCUAUGCCGUAAUCGGCGGAAACUCGGCCUGCAAGGCACUGCAGCGGGAGUACGACAUGAUCCCACGACGGAUUAUCACCGACUGGAACAUUUUACCAUCAGCCAAACUAUUCGGACCCAAUCUUCAGGAGGCUAAGCGUUGCAUGACAUACCUUCCAAUGGCACCAAGCAACCCCUUCGGUGACCAACUGCGGCAGUUAUUACAGACUGACCUCCAGGGCGCACUGCACUGCCCGCGCGCUAAGUAGCCGAACGUGCCCAGCUCCGCCCCCAACACCAACGCAGCCCACUCGCAGCCAGUUCGGCCCUCCUCGCGAUGUUUAUCUUCAAGACACGAGACUCAACCAACCAGGUCUCGGCUCGCGACAUCGUGCUUGACGAGUCUGCCUUGAUCUAAUCAGCUACCGCUGGCGGGCUACCAACCCCUUUCUCCGCGGCUAUGUUCACCCAAACGAUAGAGCCGAUCUUGGCCGCCGCCAAUGCUAUUGUAACUUUAUGUGGUGUUUCUCCAUACCACCUCCACGCCUCUCUCGACAGUCUAGCAGUGCAGCCGGGGCAGAUUCAGCCCUGUGGUCUGUGAGCUGUCAUCAGGGUGCCUCGUCGUUGAUCCCAAAAAUGGGGAUUUCUUCAAGCUUGUCAUGAGGCUCGGAGGAGCCGCCAACUGCACCUUGGCUUCCUUUAUGCUCCGCUUUCCGCUCACGCCAUGUAGAGAGACUCUUACGUUUGGUUGGUGGGAUUGGUUAGAUUCUCCAUAUCCAUAUCUUCCACCCGGGCUCUGGUAUGAGACAGACUUCUACCUAGAUAGACGCUUUUUCCCGCUCUUGAUGGACUGGGUUCUCCGGCGUGGCGCUUAGUUAUUUGUGCUCUUCUCUCCGUUCUCUAUCGGCGAAGAGCCAAAAUUUACCUCCCACCCAAGACAGCAUCUUAUACCCAAGUACAUGACUACAACCACGUCAACCAUCGUCGAGAUGGAAACCUCGACGAACGUGCCCGCUCGCCUGGAAGACUACGUGGGCUUCUACGGCGACCCAUUUGUGACCCUACGAGACUUUGACGAUGAUGAGGUGAAGCCUACCCUAGCCAUCACCAGCAAGGAAAUCACAGCUCAGAAUCCCGUCGGUGAAAACGAUGCGACCGAGGCGAAUCCAGUACAAGAGGAUGAGAAUGAGGACGAGGCCCGGUGGACUGAAUAUAAUCCGCCGGCGUCCCUCAGAACAGCGCCAAACCUCACUAACACGGUAGCCCUCGAGAUUCUACAGGUCUCCAUCGAGACCCUUCAGGCGAGAGCCGCCGAGGAGAACCAGCGGCGGCAACUAGAGGAAGAUGAGAGACAGCGGGAAGCCGAAGCAGCAAACGCGAACGACGAGGGAGACGGCACGGUAAAGGAGCCGUAUCUUCCCAUCAUCAUCACUAGCCCCGACGGAGAACCCGGUCCAUCGUCGGCGCCCGAGACGGGAGAAGAUGAUGUCGAGGACCUCAAGCUGUUUCCCGAGAUGACGGGAGCGGGCGAGGGCAGUACCUUGUCCCAGGGGCUCAUCGUCUUGCCAUUCCAGCCCAAGAAAAGAAGCCGCUUCGCCCUGACGAGAAUCUUGCAAAAGAUUGGUGAAAAGGAUUCUGCGAAGAAGACACCCCUUUUCGGCGGUAACUCGAGCAAGACGAGCCUGGAAGCAGCAGCGUCUGAUGAACCCGCUCCUACUGUCACAGAGAAGCAAAAGAAAGCUCCCGUUACUGUCGAAUGCGUCUCCUGCCUCGACGACUUCAGCCCCAAGAGAGUCAUCAAAGUCACAUGCCACAGCUACUGCCCCGACUGCUUCGAGCGCCUCAUCUCCACCGCCGUCCAAAACGAACACCACUGGCCCCCCAAAUGCUGCCUCAACCCGAUCCCAACCCGCCUCUACCUCCGCAAGGUCUCCCCCGAGCUAGCGAGGACCUGCAAAGAUCGCGCCGCCGAAUGGGCCAUCCCCGUCGCCGACCGCAUCUACUGCGCCGAACCCGCCUGCGGCCUCUGGGUGCGCCCCGAACACGUCGACGCCGCGUCCCGCGUGGCCCGGUGCCGCGACGGACACCGCAGCUGCAGCAUGUGCCGGGGACCCCACCACGCCAACGACGCAGACUGCCCGCUCGACCGGGACCUCGCGCUGACGAACGCCCUCGCCGCGGAGGAAGGGUGGCAGCACUGCGGCCGGUGCCAGGCGCUCGUCGAGCACCGCGAGGCGUGCCAGCACAUGACGUGCCGGUGCGGCUACCAGUUCUGCUACGUCUGCGGCCUGCGGUGGCGGACGUGCACUUGCACCAUGAAUCAGCUCGAACACAUCAAGCACGGGGCCGCGGCGCGACGGCGGGAGAGGUUGCGGCGCGAGGCCGAGGCCGAAGAGGAGCUCCGCGACGCGUUGCGGCAGAUUGAGGAGUUUGAGCGCGAGGAGGCGCUGAAAGCCGAGCUUCUGCGUCUCGAGAUGGAGAGGCUUGAGGAAGAGGCGCGCAUUGCGUGGGAGGAGGAGCGGGCUCGGAUCGAGAGUCUGAGGCGGUACGAGGUCGAGGUACGGUUCCAGGAGCUGCGGGAGCUGCUGGACCAGAUCCACGACCUGCAGGAGUUCCUGGUGCGGUACCAGCACGAUAAGGAGAAGGAGCUCGCGGCCAACGAGGAAGCGACCUCGACGGCGAAGCUCGAGUCGAAGCAGGAGGACGAGCAGCGAGCCCUCGUCGAGACGGCCGCGGAGAAGCUGGCCGCCAAGGUAAAGACCCUGACGGCGGAGUACGGGGCCCGCGUACUGGCGGAGCAGAGGACGGAGGAGGCGUACCUCCGUCAGCUGGAGAGUUUCUUCGCGGACCGCCCCUCGAGCGAGGCGCGCAUCGAGGCGCUGAUGCGGGAGUUCCGCGGGACGAUGGAUAAGGGGUGGCGGGCGUGGGAGCGGUGGCGGGACGAGGAGGUGGCGCGGUAUAAGCUCAAGGUCGAAGAGGAGCGGACGAUCCGGGAGGAGAUUAUGUACAGCGUGCGGAAGCGGCACGAGGAGAGGCUCGAGAGGGCGCGGGCGGAGCUCGAGAGGAGGCAGGCUGCUGAGAUUAAGUGGGUGACGUUGGUUUUUGCGGAGAGGACGCGGAUGCUGGGUGUGAUGGAGAGGGCGGAGCUGGAGGGGGAGGGGGUGGAGAGGAACGAGGCCUUGGUCGGGGUGAGGGAUGAUGAGGCUGGGUCUAGUUGA